UGAGUGAAUGGGAGGGGGGUAUUACGUCACCCGCUCCGUCACCGCCGUUAAGACGGCCUGCCCGCCCGCCAGCCGCCUCUCCAGUUAAAUGUUCAAUGUUUGUUUUAUUUAUCGAUCCGAUCGGGGAGCAAUAAUCGAUAGGUGAUCGGCGGUGGGUUAUGGAGCGGAAGAGGACGGACUGCCCCGCGCUGCCGCCGGGAUGGAAGAAAGAAGAAGUGAUCCGGAAGUCCGGGCUCAGCGCUGGCAAGAGCGAUGUUUACUACUACAGUCCCUCGGGGAAGAAGUUCCGCAGUAAGCCUCAGCUGUCCCGUUACCUUGGCAACAGCGUGGACCUGGGCAGCUUCGACUUCCGGACGGGGAAGAUGCUGCCGGGGAAACUGAGCAAGAACCGACAGAGACAGAGACACGACGUGAGCCUGAGCAAGGGUGGGAAACUGGACCUGAACACAGCUCUGCCCAUCCGCCAGACAGCAUCCAUCUUUAAACAACCCGUUACCAAGGUGACCGGUCACCCCGGCAACAAGGUGAAGAGCGACCUGCAGAGAGCCAGCGAGCAGCCGAGACAGUUGUUUUGGGAGAAGAGGUUGAAGGGUCUUCGCUCGUCCGACGUGACGGAGGAGUUCCUGAGGACCAUGGAGCUGCCGCCCGGCCUCACCAGCGUGGCUCCAGACUCCAGUGACGCCACGUUGCUGUCGGCUAUCGCCAGUGCGCUGCACGCCGGCUCCGCCCCCGUUACCGGGCAGACUUCGGCGGCGGCAGAGAAGAACCCGGCCGUGUGGCUGAACGCCGCGCAGCCGCUGUGCCGCGCCUUCACCGUCACCGACCAGCACAUCCGGGAGCAGGAGCUCAAAGUGGAUCAGGCCCGGAAAAGUCUGGAAGAAGCUCUGCUGGCCGACGGCCUCGCCCGGGCGCAGGAGCUCAGCCUGUAGACCGCCCCGCCCCCCCCUUCCCCGCGCCCCCCGCAGCCUCAGGGAUCCAGUCACCUCCACUCAGUGGGCGUGGUCUUUCUCGAUGACAUCACAGACGACGUCAUCAGCUUCCGGAAAACAGACUGAGUCGCCGACAUGGACGCUCAUGUGGUUUCUGUGUAAAAACAGAUGAACAAUAAUAAAACAUAACGACAUCAUAACAUUUCUUAAAAUAAAGACUUUCCUUCGAGAACAAUAAAAAAAACAACAAAGUCAAAGCAAAAACAG